ACGGCGAGGGGAGAGUAUGUUGAGGAGGGAGAAUUUGAAGGUGAAGGUGCAGAGUUUGCCGAAGGCGACGAAUUUGGCGAAGAAGGAGAGUUUGGUGAGGAGGGUGAGUUUGGUGAGGAGGGCGACUUUGAAGACGGUGAGCGGGGUCUGGACGAGGACUUCGAUGGCGAGGGUGCGGAAGGGGAACAAGAGUUUGCAGAAGGUGAGUACCAGGAAGAUGGUGAGCUCGCCAAUAGUGAGGAAUUCGGGGAUGGAUUCGCAGAUGGCGAGGCUGCUGAGGGUGAAUAUGCUGAGGAUGGUUUGCUGGAAGAAGACUUCGCCGAGGAUGGCGAGCGCGGUUUCGACGAUGAAGAGGCCGGCGAACCGUUCGAGGAGGAGCUUGCCGAGGAGGAAUUCGCCCAAGACUAUCCUGAAGGCGAGCUCACCAUCAUUUCACACAUGACGACAGACAACUUUGCUAACAAUUCCACAGGUGAUGAGUUCGACGAAGAGAUGGGCGAGGAUGUGGGCGAAGAGCUUGGAGAAGGCGACGAAUAUGCUGAGGAGAUGGGUGAUGAGUUUGGCGAAGAGGGUGAUCGGGGCGAAGACAUGGAGUUUGGAGAGGAGGAAGAGGAGGCCCCAUUCGGAGAGGAAGCCCCAUUUGAGGAGGAACCUCCAUUUGAGGAGGAGCCUCUAUUUGAGGAAGAGCCUCCAUUUGAGGAGGAACCUCUGUUUGAGGAGGCUCCAGUGGAGGAGGAGGUAUAUGAGGAGGAGCAGAUCAUGGAAGAGGGGUUUGACGAAGACCCAGCUCCCAUGGACGGGGAGUAUCCGGAUGACCAGGGCCCAGUUGAAGAGUUUGGUGAACCAGAAGAAGCCAUGUACGAGGAUGCCACUCAGGACGAAAUGUAUGACGAAGGCGACCGCACCUUGGAGCCCAUGGAUACCGGUUUUGAAGACGGCUACAGGCCAGAGCCCGCGGACGAACCAGCAUUGGAAGAGCCCUCAUACGACCCGGAGUCCGCCUACGAGCCGGAGCCUGAGCCAGCCUAUGAGCCCGAGCCUGAACCAGCAUAUGAGCCCGAGCCAGAACCAGCGUAUGAGCUCGAGUCCGAACCAGCAUAUGAACCCGAGCCUGAACCAGCAUUUGAAGCUGAGUUUGACCGUACCUUCGAAGCAGAGCCUGAACCUGAAGAAGUUUAUGAGUCUGAACCAGAGCCGGUAUAUGAACCGGAGCCAGAGCCUGAAGUGUAUGUAGAGGAGGAGAUUGGUGACUAUGAGCCAGAACUGGAACCAGAACCAGCGCUUGAACCCGAACAGCCCAUGGAAGAGGAGUUUGGCGAUGCGGAAGGCGAAGUAUUUGCGGAAGACGUUGACUUCGUGCAAGAGGACGAUGCGGUAUUCGACGAGGGCUUUCAAGAUGAGGAGCCAGUCGAAGAAGCAUUUGAAGAGCCAGCUGCGGAGUUCUAUGAGGAGCCAGCUGAGGAGUUUUACGAAGAACCAGUGGACGAGUUUUACGAGGAACCGGCUGAGGAGGUGUACGAAGAACCGGCUGAGGAGGUGUAUGAAGAAAUGGCUGAGGAGGUGUAUGAAGAACCGGCUGAGGAGGUGUAUGAAGAACCCCUUGUUGAAGAGGCGUAUGAAGAACCAGUUGAGGAGGUUUACGAAGAGUCAGUGGAGGAGCUGUACGAAGAGCCGGUUGUUGAAGAGGUGUACGAAGAACCCGUUGCUGAAGAGGUGUAUGAGCAGCCUGCUGCAGAGGAGCCUGUUACAGAGGAGCCUGCUGCAGAAGAUGCGUAUGAUAAGCCUCUUCAAGAGGAGUUUGGAGAGCCAAUUCAGGAGGUAUAUGAGGAACAGGGGCCAGAGGUGUACGGGGAGUUGAAUGAGGAACCUGUUCAAGAUCUAUUUGAAGAGCCGGCUCAGGAUGUGUAUGAGGAGCUGGCCGAGGAAGCCUACGAUGGGCCGAUUCAGCAGGAGAAUGAGGAGCCGGCGCAGGACUUCUAUGAGGAGCCAAGUGAGGAGGUAUACGAGCAGCCUGAUGGGGAGGCAUAUGAGGAGCAUAUUUCACAGCCCAUUGAAGAGGUUGCUGACGAACCUGUCUAUGAUAAUUCUUCCGCGGAGGUUUACGAGGAGCCAGCAUCUCAAGAGGAAGACGGUGAGCCGAUAUACGAUGAGCCAUCUCACCACGAACCAGCAUACGAGGAGCCAGCUUCCGAGGAAGAGAUUGUCCAAGCAAACGAGCAAGCCACUGCAGAAGUAUAUCCGGAACAUACCUACGAAGAACCAGACAAUGAACCAGCAGUCGAGCAGGUAUCGGAACAGUACGUCGAAGACCAAAUAUACAACGAAGCGACAGAUGAAUAUAUCCAGGAGGACCUCGAAGAGCAACCGCAAGAUGCGACAUACGACGAACUAGCCCAAGAGGAUUUCGAUGAGCCAAUUGCUCCACAUUCCCAAGAGGAGUAUCAGAAUAUGGUCCAAGAGCCAAAUCAGGAACAUGGCCAAGUCCCAGUGGAACAAAGCUACGAGGAGCCAGGGCAAGACCUGUAUUCUGGACAAGGCUGGGGAGGUGAUCUGACAGAAGAGGAAGCUCCAUACACUGACGAGCAGCCCGAAUAUCAUGAAGAACUUCAUUCUCAACCAGAGGAUGACGUUCUGCCCGUCCACCCCGAGCCCACGCCGUCUUAUCAAGGGCCAAUUGACGAUCUCUCGCCUCCCCCAUCCCCACCGCUAAACCAACCACAGCUGGAACCUGAGACCCGAGAGGAUGAGAGCGAGACAAUUAUCGUUUAUUCUGAUGAAGAGGUGGUCUAUCCCGUGGCACAAGAGAUUCAUCAGGCCUUGGAUGAAGAACCUUACAAUCCCGAGGAGACCUCUGGAGAGCCCCAUCACACAGACGAGCAGUUCCCCCGCCCAAUCACCCCAGAUGAUGACACCUACGGAUCCAAUGCACUCUCUCCAUCCUUCAACAACCAUCUGAAGAGCCCUGCAGUUGCUUCUAACUGGGGACGUGACUCGCAGCUACUAUCUCCAAGACCGCUCACCCCGCCACCCGAAGAUAUGCAACAAGAUGUCGAGUAUGUCUCGAGCCCAGUGCCUGGAUGGGAUGCAAGCCAACACAGACCCGUGACGCCGCCUGAUGACCCUCACGAUCACGAGAUGCUCUCACCUCUUACCUUUCAGCAAAGCCCACUGGUCGAUAGUCGAUUCACUUCCACCGAGCACUAUCACCAGGAACAGGACAUCGAGGAAAAAGAUGAUGCUUACGACCAUACGGGCUGGGCUGGUGAGAACGCAAUGACUGCGCCCCAAACCCCUGCGGAGGUUGACCACAUAUACCCUGCUGCUUGGCCUAGACCACCAAAGUUUCCCGUUCAACAAAGCACCCGUGGGUUUGCCGCACCCCCCAGCCCGAUGGAAAGCGCUCAGUCCCCCGCAGCUGAUAUUAACACUUACUUGUCGGAGCCUGAUUCCAUUGGCGACGAUCGACGACUCUCGGAACCUGAGUUUGAGAUCAUAAAUGCGGAUGCCAGAAAUUUCGACACAUACGCCCCGGUUGAGCGUUCUCCAGUCUCCCACCAAAUGCCACCUCAGUCACCACAACGUGUUUCCAAAGACUAUUCUGCCCGCCAAACAUCAGUGUCUCCGGUGCGAGUGGAAUCGGUGGAUUACCAAGUUCCUCAUGAUCGACCAUCCAUAGAAGAGUACAUGCAAGAUGAACCAGCAAGCCCAUACGAAGAUUACACCUAUAUCCAACCAGAGCAGAUUGCGCAGGAUGGCUACGACCAACAGCAGCCAGAGUAUCAUAGUUAUAAAUCAUCACCCGCCAUUAUCGUGCAGGGGGAGAGAGUUGUCGAGCAACAACAAUAUCAACCUCCCCCUCCACCUCCACCUCCAAGCCGCCCAAUGAGUCUCUUUCCCAAGCAAACGCACCCAACGGAGCAACAGACUCGAAGUGCCAACCCAGGGCUAAGAUCCAACAGUCAGGACGCAUAUCAGGUCAACGAACCAAUGCAGCUGAACAGUGUCUCGGAUAACAACACUCAGGACGCGGCAAAAGCCAAUGUUACUGCUAAGCACGGCGGCAACACCCAAAGGUACUUGUGGCUGCUUCCUCUCAUGGCUACAGCAACGCUUGGAUUUGGCAUGGAAUCACUCGAGGAGCAGUAUCAUACCUCCACCGGCAAAUCAUCUGGGUGGACAUUUAAGGGUCUCUUUGGAUUUGGCAAGCAAAAGCAGAGUACCACAGAAACGCCCGGGAGCAGCGGCAACUCUCCGAUUGUCAAGCAGACGGAGCAAUCUCGGCCAGUUUCUCAACCAACGCCUCCCAACGCGACAAGUUCUCGCGGACUGAAUGUUGUGCAAAACAACACUUCACGGACACCUAGCCUAGCGCCUCAGCCGGCCAACGAGUGGAACUUUGCCAACGACACCAACGUUGAGGAACCUGCGCCGAAGAAGAAGGGCUUCCUCGCAUGGUUCGGCCGACGCGACAAGACUGUGGUCACCGAUGUUGAAGCCCCCAGUCCGAUCCCUCAAGAGUCAUACGAAAUGCAGAACACUCGCCAGGCCCGCGCCAUGGAGCCUACACGACAAAGCGCCAACUUCGGCAACAUGGCAACAGUCGAGCGUGGCCCACAGAAUUUCCAAUCGCCUCAGAUGAUGGCAGCCGAACGGCUACCCGCCGACAAGGUUGACGAAGCACCUAAAAAGCGAGGAUUCUGGGCCCGGUUAUUUGGCAAGAAGUCUCAACUACAAAAACAGUCACCACGAGCCAGCCCGCGCGAGGCCGUCUCGGGUGGUUCACCUGAUAUCGACGCUCAGCAACCGGAGAAAAGGAAGGGCUUCUGGGCCAGACUGUUCUCUCUUUCCAAGAAAAAGACCCAGUCUACCGACGACAUCGAGAUGGGCAAGAUGAACACCCAGGACGACCAAAUAGCCCGUGUGGGUCGUGUCAAGUCUGGCAGCCCGCAACUCAUGCAAGGUCCAAACAGACGCACUUCCGCGGUUGGGGCCAUUGUUGGACCUAAUGCUCGCCAGCAGCAGACACCUCAACAAUGGCAACAGACCAUCCCUGAAUACAACGAAGCUGAGUUUGACGAGCCACCCAAACCAAAGAAGAAGAGGGGCUUGUUCACUCGUUCAAGAGCGAAGAAAGCAGUUACUGUCAAGAACAAAAACAAGGACAAAGGAAAGGGGAAGGCAGCGCAGAAAACUGACGGAGAGUGGGAAAACAUCGACGAGCAGAGACAUGAGAUGACGCCCCGUCCACCAACUCAACCCAAGCCUGCUAGAGUGAAGAAGUAUGGAGCGGUUGUGGGUAACAGUGAGGGACUUGCGCAGCAGCAUGUCACUGGUCCGAGACAGAAGGAGAGAGGGAGGGCUAGGACGGGCGCGGCGGCUGUUAAUCCGAAGAACUGGUUUUGGAUGGAUGUUUACUGGAAGUAA